AUGGCUGUGAUCCUCACAAUGACGGUUGAAGUGCUAGUUCCAGCACUUGUAGUUGUAGUUGCACUGGGAUUGACUGGAUUGGUUGUAGUAAAAGAGCAAGCAAACAUGAUUGAUGCCAAUACUGUGACUGCAAGUUUCAUUAUGCUAGUUUGCAAAGUUGUAAUGGUUGUUUGA